GAUUAUUUUGAGAAGGUGACUGCGAAAUAAGUAUUGAUUCUCCGCAGCUCUUUCAUGGGUUAAUCUAUAACUACAAAUACUCAGAUUCUCUCGAAGUCGAAGUGAAGUCACCACCAAAAGAAUUAGGCUCUCACCCAAAAUCGAUGGCGACGUACUUUCAUGGUAAUCCUGAAAUCCAACCGCCCGAUGGCCUCCAAACUCUGGUUCUCAUGAACCCCGGCUAUAUCCACUACUCCGACACGCCGCCGCCUCCCCCGUCGCACUCCAGUAACUUGGUCUUCCUCAACUCCAUCGCGGCUGGCAACAACUCGCUUGCUCCCCAAAACCUCCACCACGUGCCACCCAAUCAUACCCAGCAAUUCGUGGGCAUCCCUCUGCCGACCGUUGCCGCUGCCUCCUCCCAAGACCCCAACCAGCAACACUCCGUGCAUGCUCACCAAGAUGGCUCCGCCUUGCAUGGAUUUCUGCCUCGCAUGCAGUGCAAUCUCUGGAACCCAAUCGACCCAAACGCGACGGCGCGUGAGACUCCACGAGCACAGCAGGGACUGUCACUGAGCCUGUCCUCCCAGCAAGCUGGAAUGGGGUCUUUUCGGGUUGAUCGUGACGUGACAUCGCAGGGUCAAGCGCCUGCUAUGUCCGGCGAAGACGUUCGCGGGUCGGGUGGUUCGCCGUCUUCGGCUUCUGGGGUGACCAACGUGAACGGUGUUUCGGGGAUUCAGAGUGUGCUUCUAAGCUCCAAGUACUUGAAGGCAGCACAGGAACUUCUCGACGAGGCCGUCAAUGUUAACAACGGCAUCAAGACUGAGCUGGGAAAGAAGAACGGAGGGGCCCAUACUAAAGCCACUGGGGAGACAUCCGGAACAGCAGCUAGUGGCGACGUCUCUGUCGGCGGAGAAGGAAGCGCUAAGCGAGCCUCUGAGCUAUCAGCAGCGGAGAGACAAGAGAUUCAGAUGAAGAAGGCUAAGCUAAUCAGCAUGCUUGAUGAGGUGGAGCAGAGGUACCGGCAGUACCACCAGCAGAUGCAGAUAGUGAUUUCGUCAUUCGAGCAAGCUGCGGGAAUUGGGUCGGCCAGAACAUACACAUCCCUUGCCCUGCAAACGAUCUCCAAGCAGUUUCGCUGCCUGAAAGAUGCCAUUACAGCCCAAAUUCGAGCUGCUAAUAAGAGCUUAGGAGAAGAAGAUUGCUUUGGAACCAAGAUUGAAGGUUCGAGGCUCAAGUACGUGGACCAUCACCUGCGCCAACAGCGAGCUCUCCAACAGUUGGGAAUGAUCCAGCACAAUGCUUGGAGACCCCAGCGAGGGUUGCCCGAAAGAUCUGUCUCUGUUCUACGUGCUUGGCUCUUUGAGCACUUCCUCCACCCUUAUCCCAAGGAUUCUGACAAGCACAUGCUUGCUAAGCAAACAGGCCUCACGAGGAGCCAGGUUUCGAAUUGGUUCAUAAAUGCUCGAGUUCGGCUCUGGAAACCAAUGGUGGAAGAAAUGUACACGGAGGAGAUGAAGGAGCAAGAACAGAACGGAUCUGAAGAUAAAUCAAGCAAGAGCGGUGAAGAUCCUGCUAUUAAAACGGCAGCACCACAACAAAAAGGCCCUGCCACUGAAACGGAUGCCCGAAGCCUCAACUCCAGCAAAGACACGUUUUCAAAUCAAAACACUCCUACAGCAGUUUCUAAACCAUUAAUAUCAUCACCGACUGGGGAUAAUGUCAGAAACCAGUUUGGAUUCAGCUUCAUGGGAUCAUCAGAGCUAGAAGGCAUCACGCAGGGAAGUCCCAAGAAGCCAAGAAACCAAGAAAUUCUACACUUCCCAACUUCAAUAAACAUGGACGUGAAGCCCAACGAGGCCAGUAAUGAGCAACUUUCAAUAAAAUUUGGAGAGGAGAGGCAGGGGAGGGAUGAAUACCCAUUCAUGGGAACCCAAGCAAACUUUAUCGGAGGUUUUGGACAAUACCCGAUUGGGGAGAUCGGAAGGUUUGACGCAGAGCAGUUUACUCCAAGGUUUUCUGGGAAUGGGGUUUCCCUGACUCUUGGUCUUCCCCAUUGUGACACGUUAUCAGGAAGCCAUCAAACUUUUCUCCCAAGCCAGAACAUUCAGUUGGGAAGAAGACUGGAGAUGGGUGAAUCGAACGAGUAUGGAGCCAUAAACCCUUCCACCGCCCACUCCUCAGCUGCAUUUGAGAACAUGAACUUGCAGAACCCUAAGAGGUUUGCUGCACAGUUGUUGCCAGACUUUGUCACCUAAGGGCAGAGGCAUGGGAUAGAUUAAUGCUGUUUCUGGAUCUCACAAUUUCUUCCGGCGCAGCCAGCCGAUCAAGCCAGGGAAUAAGGGAUCCUGCAUGGUAAUGUAAAGAAAACAAGAUUUGAUUUAGUAUAGGUUUAUACCUUGCAUUGAACAUUUCGAUCUCCUAGAUAGCAUAGAAUUUGAGAGUACAUGGUUGAGGGUUGUAUAUUAUUUUUGUAAGGUUUUUAAGAUGGGAUAGAUGGAUUGGCGUCAUAUAAAGUUUUAUCUGAAAAUAUUACCAAUAUAUCUUGAUUGAAAAUAUGUGGGAUGCCAUAACGUUUUAUGGUGGUCAGAGAAAGGCCAUUCAGAA